GAAUACGAACGCGACUGGCUGGAUAUGGAGCAACCAGCUGAGAAGGCAUCCGACAUGUUCGCGAUGCAGCCACCGCUGCCCCCACAGGAGGACACCCUCGCAGCAGAAGCACUAGAAGCAGCUCAAGCAGCCGGUUGGGCCGGCGCUGCCGAGGCCGCCCAGGCCGAGGCCCAGGCGGCCCAGCCAAGCCAGGAGGGUCAGGGCGAGGCCGCUGCCCUGCAGCCUGAGGGCAGCAAAGGGUCAACUGUCCUUUCGGAAGCCAAGCGCGUCAUUAGCUUGGCAGAAGAGAAUCGCAUCCUCGAGAUCUUUGGAAAUGCAAAGA